GACCAUAAAAUUAGAUUGCCACCGUUGAAAGACUUGUUUUCGUUGCUGCGUAGUACAAUAAGAGCUCUUUCAACUUUGGAGCUCUCAACUCCUCGAGUACUACGAUUCUUGUCACACACAUAACCCAUUUUUUUUGUGGUAAAUUUCAAUUUUCCCAACAAAUUUUACCCACUCAUCCUUUUUAUAAACCCUAAUUCCGCCUUAUUUCUUUGUUCUAAUUCCAAUUCAAUGGAAACCCAAUUUUUUCAUUUCUUUUUACUCUUUUUCAUCAUCUACCUUUUCGCUUACUUUCGUGUUUUCCGUAACUGGCCCCCGAAGAUCCGACCCGAAGCCUCCAGUUGCCUCAUCUCUUUCUUCCAUGGUACUCCCGCCGUUAUUUUAGCCUGUAUCGCUAUACUCGGUGACAAAUCCCGCGGCUUCUCCUCUGCCAAUACUAAAACCCAGAACUUGGUUCUCGAUUUUAGCAUUGCCUACUUCAUUACCGAUCUUCUUCACUACCUCGUCUUCUUCCCUCAUGAUGUUCUCUUCAUUGGCCACCACUUGGCCACUCUCUUCGUGUUUGUAACCUGCAGGUACUUGGUGGCUCACGGCGCGUUCGCUAUUCUCGGGCUCUUGGUUCUGGCGGAGGUGACCAGCGCGUGCCAGAACACCUGGACUUUAGCGAGCGCGAGGCGGCAUGACGUGGAGUUGGCGGAUAAAAUUUACCGCUCAUUGUCACCGCCGUUUUACGCCUUUUACAGUGUGGUAAGAGGUGUUUUGGGGCCGUUGUUUGUUCAUGAAAUGUGUGUGUCGUUCAUCAGUGGGGCGGCUGAUGAUGUAAUUCCUAAAUGGGUUUGGAUAUCUUGGAUGGUUGUAAUUGUUUCGGCUAUUUCUGUUAGUAUUUUGUGGAUUUCUGGACUUUGGGUUCAAUUUUAUAGAGAAAGGAGAGCUUUGGAUAAGAAAACUUCAUAGAUAUAUUGAAAUUUUUUUUAUAUAACAUUGUUCCUCAAUUGAUAUGUGUGGUGUAUGCAAAUUAAUGGUUGUGGGUUUUUGGCUA